ACUAUUUAAUUGACGCUAACAAAGCAUGACAAUUUUACUUAUAAGUGAUCAAAAAGAAUAAUUUUUAUUACAUACAAACGAAGAAAAAAUAUGGAUUUGGUUCACAUGUUUGUUUAUGCUUUCAUCAUCUUUCUUUCAAUACCUCUUCCUCCUGCUAGAAGUGACUUUCCAUGCAAAACUAAAGAUGAUUGUGCACAGCAAAUAGAUUACAUCGCUGAAUGCAUUAUUGGUUUUUGUCGCUAUUUUACACCCUUCGAACAUCCAUUUUAAAUUUAAAAAUAAUUAUGUUACUUCUAAACAUAUAAUUUUAUUUGUAUGUAAUAAUAUUCAUAAUAAUGUUUCUCCUUUUAUAAUUUACUUUAAAGUUUGUUUAUAUUCUAUGAAUGAAAUGUGUAUUAUUAUUAUUAUUAUUAUUAUUAUUAUUAUUAUUAUUAUUAUUAUUCGUACUACUAUUACUACUGCUACCGCUACCACCAUUACUACUACUAUUAUAUGUAAUUAGUUUAUUUUGCAUAUAAGAGAUAUCACAUACAAGAAUGUCACUGAAAAAUAAUAACUACUAUUAUAUGUAAUUAGUUUAUUUUGCAUAUAAGAGAUAUCACAUAAAAGAAUGUCACUGAAAAAUAAUAAUAAGCUACUUUAACACAUAAAUGCAAUAUAUGAUUAUCUAGAUUAAUUGUUUUUUUUUCUAAUUCUACAUUUAGUAUGGUUCUAGAAAACAUUGAAAAGGUUUGUAAGGCUGGCCCAAGUCAACUGAAAAUGCCGAGAUUAUUAGGAUGAAUAUUUUUAUUGAUUAUUCAACUGAAAAAGUUCAUGAAUGCCAUGUGUAUUUGUCGUUGCCUUCAUCCCAAGUUAAAAUCAAAGUCAAGUGUAAUCCCAUGGAUAGAAAUAAAGUGUCCUAUGCAAACUAAUGGCAUUGACUGUGGCUAUUUUGUAAUGCGAUUUAUGAAAGAGAUAAUAUUGGCAAAUCAAGACAUGAUCCUCGAAAAUGUAUGUAUUACUUUGGAGAUUACAAAUGGAGAUUACAAAUGUAAAACUUAUUCUAAAGAUAAGCUAGUUGAGGUCGAGGAGGAUUGGGCAACCUUUAUGGUCGAGUAUCUUAGAGACUAUAUUGCUCAGAGACUUACACUGUAAUUGGUUGUGCUGGACUAUAUAGCUCGUCACAAGUCCUCUAAAAUUUAGGUGUUUUUUUGUUUGUAAUUGUGGCUGCUUUUAGGAGCUUUUUUUUAUUGGCAACUUUGGAUUGACUAGUAUCAUGACAUUUAGGAUUAAGUUUAUGAUCAAUUUGUAUUGAGAUUAUCAUGAAUGUAAUUUGCUAUAUUCA